AUGCCUGCAAAGGCAAGAGGUGGGCGCUCACGCGCAAGGGCACAACAUCAGAGCCUAGACAAUGGACCACGUCACUCACCCGUCGCGCCCAUUGUUUCGACUCCACAAAACACCCGACUAGCCAGAAACACCAUCCAACCAAAAUUCACGAUUGCUCCUCUCAUCCUCGAAAACACAAAAUUAAAUAAGAUGCAGCUUAACGACAUAAUCAAGCAGCACAUGAGCGACAUCAAGCUGAACGAUAUUCAACUUAGCCGCACAGGAACCUUCACUCUAUACGCAUAUGACGUGAAAUCUUUCAACCGGCUACUGAACGACCUUCCAGCUGUCCUCGCCACAAACAACCAAACCACCGCCAAGCUGUUCGUGCCACGGUCCAUCCAACGGAUCAAAGACACCGAAAAGGUUGCUUUCGUCAAGAGAGUUGACCUCGAAAUCCCCGAAGAUCGCAUCAUGGCAGCGCUCAAAGACCUUGGUCUCGACGCGACGAAUGUUACGCGAUUAACAAGCAAAGACGGCAACACUCCGACACGAACAAUGAAGGUAAUGUUCGCCGAUGCCGAAAAUCGAAAUACAUUCGUCCACACUGGUUUACAAGUGGACUCAAUGCAUUUUCCAGCCGAGCCAGCCACACAAAAUACAAAACCAGUACAAUGUUAUAUCUGUAUGCAAUAUAACCACAUAGCAAAGUACUGCAAAACCAAACAACAGGUGUGUGCACGAUGCGGUGACAAUCAUCGACUUGACCAAUGCUCAGCACCUGCAGAUACGUACAAAUGUUGCAACUGCAACGGCAACCAUCUCGCCUCAUCUGUAGAUUGCCCAAAAUACAAGGAGCAAGAGAAAAAAGCGCAAAACUUGGUCAACCAAUACAUUACUGCACGUCAACCCAACGCCUGGGCUCCGGCCGUUCACAACAGCACCGAGUUCCCACCCCUCCAAAACUCACAACAGCCGCAGAAACCACAAAUAACCAAGGACUUUCUCGACGAGAUCAUCACCAUGCUUAGCAGCCAAAUGGAGAAGAUCAUCGAAGAGACAACCAACCGAAUUCUCAUCACCCUUCAACAAAAAGUCGAAAAGCUGGAAAAGCUUGUCUCAUCCAGCGAAUCGACCACGUCAACCUUAACAACCACCACCGACUCACUGACCACGACGAAUCCAGCAACCACGACUAAACCACAGACGAAGACGACAAAGCCGACAACAACGACUACAACAAAAGACAACGCAAAGAUUUUAGCGCAAAGCAGCCAGGUUGACGCCUCGAAAGAGAGUCAAACAGCUAAAGGAAAGCGCAACAAUACAACAGACACUACAACAACCGACAAACAGAAUGAUCCAACGAAACGAAAGAUUGGAGAAGUCAACAGCUCCUUCGAUACUUCGACUGGCGAAAACAAAGACCUCAAAAUCUCCAACGACGAUGAUUAG